UUGAACUAAACAAAAACAAUCUAACUGGACAUAGUUAUGUUCAAAAAGUAGUUGGAGAGGUAACCAUGCUUGCAGAUGUAAGUUAAAACACCCAGAGGAUUUGGAGAGUGACUUGAUUUCCAGCCUCCUGAAAGUGAAAGUAAGUCAGUGACAGUGAGAGAGCAACUGGAGGGAAGUUUGCUCGGGGGACACUUACAACAUCUUGGGAAAUGGCUUCAAAGCUGCAAGAAGAGUUCUCUUGUCCUGUGUGCACUGAGAUCUACAAGGACCCUGUCAUUCUAACAUGUACUCACAGCUUCUGUAAAGUCUGUCUGAAGCAGUUCUGGGAAACUAAACCAUCCAGAGAAUGUCCAGUCUGCAGGAGGAGGUCAUCAAAGGAACGUCCACUAACUAACCUGGCGUUAAGAAACCUGUGUGAGGUGUUCUUACAGGAGAGAAGUCAGAGAGGAGCACUGUGUGGUCUCCAUGGUGACCAGCUCAGGCUGUUUUGUCAUGAUGAUCACCAGCUUGUGUGUUACUCGUGUCGAGACUCAAAACUCCACAGGAGUCACCAGUUCAGUCCUGUUGAUGAAGCAGCAGCUGACCGGAAGGAAGAGCUCAAAAUCAAACUAGAUCCCAUGAAGGAGAAGCUGAAGGCUUUUGAAAAAGCAAAACUCACCUGUGGUGAAACAGCUGAACAUGUUAAGACUCAAGCCCAGCACACAGAGAAACAGAUCAAGGAGGAGUUUGAGAAGCUUCAUCAGUUUCUACGAGAUGAAGAGGCAUCCAGGAUAGCUGCACUGAGGGAGGAAGAGGAGCAGAAGAGUCAGAUGAUGAAGGAGAAGAUUGAGAAGAUGAGCAGAGAGAUCUCAUCUCUUUCAGACACAAUCAGAGCCAUAGAAGAGAAUAUGGAAGAUGAUGACAUCACAUUCCUGCAGAACUACAAGAGCACAGUGGAAAGAGCCCAGUGCACACUGCAGGAUCCAGAGAGGGUUUCAGGAGCUCUGAUCAAUGUGGCAAAGCACCUGGGCAACCUGAAGUUCAGAGUCUGGGAGAAGAUGCAGGAGACUGUUCACUACACUCCUGUGACUCUGGAUCCCAACACUGCACACCCACAACUCAUCCUGUCUGAGGAUCUGACCAGUGUGAGAUGGGGUGAUGAGAGACAGCAGCUUCCUGAUAACUCAGAGAGAUUUGAUUCAACUGCCAGUGUCCUGGGCUCUGAGGGCUUUAACUCAGGGACUCACUGCUGGGAUGUGGAGGUUGGAGAGAACACACGGUGGUAUGUGGGUGUGAUGACGGAGUCUCACCAGAGGAAGGGAGACUACAGCUCUGUGAGUGGAUACUGGUGUGUGGGGUAUAACGGUGCUGUAUAUAGAGCAUAUGCUGCGCCUCAUGCCUCCACUCUCCUCACAGUGCAGCAGAAACUCCAGAGGAUCAGAGUGCAGCUGGACUGGGACAGAGGAAAGCUGACAUUCUCUGACCCUGAUAAUAACACACACCUACACACUCUCACACACACUUUCACUGAGAGAUUGUUUCCGUACUUUAAUGGAGCCAAAAUCUCUCCUCUAAGGGUUGUACCAGUGAAGGUCUCUGUGUCAGUAGAGCAGCCCAGUUAGAGCAGAAACUGUCUCUGUCUGAACAAGAGCCAACAUGCAGAGAUGGAUGGAGACAUUUGGGUGUCAGUCAUGAGUCACUCACAGAGUAACUGCAGUCAAUUUAAUAUCUGACCUGUGAGGCAUCAUCUUCUGGGUACUUUAAUUUAGUUCAGAAUGUUCUGAUUCUCCAUGUUGAAUAUCCACCAAAAUAAUUGCUUGUGUUGUGCCAUUUAUUACUCUAAGACAGUUUGUCUGUGUUGCUGAUUUGUUUGCAUGUGUGUAUUUUUAUGAUGGUUUCUGUUGUCCAUGUGUGUUUUUCUACACUGCUGGCACAAGCACAUUACAACUACAGUGAAUCUAAUAUCUGUUCUGUUCUGUGAGGCAUUGUCUACUGAGCACUUGAAUUGAAUUCCUGAUAUUCUGUGUUUAGAGUCAAAUAACUGCUGAUUGUAUGUCAUUUAUUACACUAUGAUGGUUUAUUAUCCAGGUCUGUGUUUCUACAUUGCUGCCACAAGCACAUCAAAAUAUCAGAUCAGUAAAUGAUGUGGACAUUUCUGUUGAGUCUCUCCUGUUUAGAGCUCAGCUCAAUUAGGGUCAUUUGGUGGACAUUGUUGGAAGGCAAGGACUAUACACAU